AUGUCUGGUCUCGCUGCUCGUUUCUUGCGUAGUGCUUGCUUAACAUUUGCGAGCAGAAGGAUCCAUAUUUUAAGUAAACCGAACACUGUUAAAUGCCUAACUACUUCAACCCGGUUCUUCUCAUCUCAAGCCGACCGUCAAUUCAACCAAAUUCUGACCAAUGAAAUACAAGAAGAGAAAGAAAAUGCUUUCACAUGCAGCCCUCCCAAGGGGUUUAAAGUAGUGGAAACCAAUGGAUCCGAAGUCGUUAUACGCAAGGAGUAUCCUGAUGGCCUCUUUGUCGACAUUGAUAUUAAUUUGGCUGGCAGUAUUUACCCUGGUGCUUCAGAGGAUUCUGAGAAUCCAGAAGAUGCGGCUACUCUAGAGGCUCGCCCUGAGUUUCGUAUCAAACUCACUAAAUCUAGUGGGCGAAGUUUAACUUUCAACUGCAGUUUUCCGGGACCUGAGCUUACAAAAGAUUUCUCCGAAGAUGAUCCGAAUUACCCCACUUAUUCCGUUGAUUCUAUUGGAAUGGAACGCGUCCCGGGCUAUUUCGUGUACACUGACUUGCUCGAUGAAAAAAUGUUUGACCAUUCAAUAAAGUUGCUGUUAGAGCGCGGACUAGACGCAGACUUUCAACAAGAAUUGCAAGACUUUUGUACUUCAGAGGAGCACAAAUUGUAUCUGAAAUUUCUGGAUGAAUUCCAAAAAUAUUGCAAGGAAUAA